AUGGAGGAGCUUCGUGGAAAGGGGGAACGAAGUCUGGUUGGAAGGAUCUGUGCUGAUCGAACUAUUGGAAAGGAUGUUGUGAGGAAGACGAUAGAAAAGAUUUGGCGAGUUAAUAUGAGCAUGGAUUUCACUGAAAUUGGUAAUAAUGUCUUUGUUGUGACCUUUGCAAAUCGAGGUGAUAGAAACAGAGUUCUUGCAGGUUGUCUAUGGCUUUUUGAUAGCUACCUGUUUGCUCUAAAACCGUUUGAUGGAAGUAUGCAGGGUCAUCUUCUUGAUUUUUCGAAGGCUAAUUUCUGGAUCCAAAUGUACAAUCUGCAGUUAGGAGGGAUGAAUUGCAAAAUGGGAGAAGCCAUUAGCAGUUCCAUCGGGAAGGUUUUAGAAGUGGAUGGAGAGGAAAAUGAGGUAGCAUGGGGUAGAUUUAUAAGGGUGAAAGUAGAAUGUGAGCUCAUAAAACCGUUAGCUUGGGGAAGAACAGUGAAUUAUGAGAGGAAGCAGAUUUGGAUCCCGUUUAGGUACGAAAAAUUACCUAAAAUCUGUUUUCGCUGUGGAUGUAUUUUGCACUCAAAACAAGGGUGUUUGGGUGGAGAGGGGGAAGGUUCUAAAGCAGAGGGUGAUCUAAGACAGUUUGGGGCUUGGAUGAGGGCCUCAACUGCCAGUUGUUAUAGUGCUGGAAGGCAGUCAAAAGCCUCAGGAAUGGGAAGUAACUUUGCUAGUACUGAUCGGGGGAAAAGGGAGAGAAGGCGACAGAUGGAGGUGUUUUGA